AGGAGUGGAUAAGAGCGUGUCAGGGGGAGAGACAGAACAUCCAUGUGAAUGCAACCUGGGCUGCAAAGAUGAAUGACGCGAGAAGCAUGUCAUCCAUGGAGGUGCCUGAGGGAAAACUUGUCAAAAAGGGUUCCAUUAAGAAAAAGAUAGAGUCAUUUCGGCGAUGGAGCUCAGCUAGUAUGAAGAAGCCUCCAAAGCCCAAGGCCAAGACCUUGAGUCUGUCAUCCCCUGUGGGAGACCCUGAGGAUCUCUGGCUCCGAGAGGGAGACAAGAGGAAGUUGAGGCCAAUUGUCGACUCGGUCUUUGGACAGGACAGAGAUCUACGACCAGAGGAAAUGGAAGAGCUGCGUGAGGCAUUCAGGGAGUUUGACAAAGACAAGGAUGGCUUCAUCAGCUGUAAGGACCUUGGCGAGUGCAUGAGGACUAUGGGCUACAUGCCUACAGAAAUGGAACUGAUAGAACUCAGCCAGCAGAUUUGUGGUGGCAGAGUGGACUUUGACGAUUUUGUGGAGUUGAUGGGUCCCAAGAUGCUGGCUGAAACAGCAGAUAUGAUUGGAGUCAAGGAGCUCAGAGACGCCUUCAGAGAGUUUGAUUCUGACGGUGAUGGUCAGAUCAGCCUAGCAGAGCUGAGGGAAGCCAUGAAAAAGCUGAUGGGGGAGCAGCUCAACCACCGUGAAAUUGACGAGAUCCUCCGAGAUGUAGACCUCAAUGGGGAUGGGCAGGUGGACUUUGAAGAGUUUGUACGAAUGAUGUCUCGCUGACUCUUCACCAAACCUCACUGCGCUCAACCCAACCUCUGCUGCACUAUACACAAUGAUAUGAACCAGACUUCAUGCACUGUUCAUGUUACUAUUCUUGUAAUUCUAUUUGAUGUAAACA